AUGUCUGGAGUAAAUCUAAAAUAUAUUAAAGGUGUGCGAACAAGAUUCUUCAAUGUGUUGGAAAAGGAAGUGUGUGACGGUGAAAAUUUUCUUGAUGUAGAUAUAUCGUCUUUAUCACUUGAAGAGUCUAGUUGUACGAGAAAGCAAAUAAAUGAAUGUAAAGGUAAGAUUGAUGUUUACAUAGAAAAACUGUCCAAUCAGUCUGAAAAGUUAGCAGAGGCUCUAGGUGAUACUGAUGAAGAACUUACUAACCAAUUACUCCAGGAAGAUAGUACUUUAUCAGAGAAAGCAUUGUCCGUUUCGUAUAAGCUGAAAUGCUUAGGUGAAGAUUUAAAAGAAGGUGAAAUGUUUCAACAAAAGAAAGAAAAAGAAUAUAAAGAAAGUGAUUAUCUACAGAAGUUCUGUGAUUUUCAAAUGAAUUUACAGCAUAAGUUCUUUGCUGAACAACAAGAAAGGAGUGAAACACAAUUGAGAUUACAGCAGGAGUAUAAUGAAAAACUAAAAGUAGAGAGAAGUGUUCGGUCGACAUCAGUGAAAUUGCCAAAACUAGAUAUUGCUUCAUUUAAUGGCAAUAAACUACUCUGGGUAGAGUUUUGGGAUUCAUUCCAAAGUGCGAUACACAAUAAUGAUAAGUUAUCAGAUAUUGAUAAAUUCAAUUACUUAAAGGGCAAGUUAACUGGUGAAGCCAAGAGUUCUAUUGAUGGUCUUUCGCUCUCAAAUGAAAAUUAUAGUGUUGCUAUUGGAAUAUUAGAAGAAAGGUUUGGUGAAAAACAAGAUAUUAUUGAUUUGCAUUAUAAAAGAUUGAUUGAUCUCGCACCAGCUAGAAAUACUACUGAAAGUUUACGGUUUUUCAUGGACAAAGCUGAGAAGCAUCUCCCUAGCUUAGAAGUGCUUCAUGAGAAUAUAGACCAACAUGUAUUCGUAUCAAUGUUACGCAGUAAAAUACCAAGUGAUAUUCUGUUACAACUUGAGUUGUUAAAAGAUGCUGGUAAAAUGUGGAGUGUUCAAAUGUUGAGAUAUGUGUUACGACAAUAUAUUGUGUCAAGGGAAAAAGCUGAAAAGUCCAAACCGAAUGAUAAUUCAAACCAAAGAUUAGGACAUAAACAACAGUAUCCAUAUAGCAAACCAAUGGGACAGUCACAUAGAAAACAAGAACAUUCAGGUGGUGCACUUAUGUCAACAGAAAGGAAUGCUCCUCCAAAACAGCCUUCACAGAAGUGUAGAUUCUGUGAUAAGGGACAUUGGAGCGAUGAAUGUCCUACGUUUAAAACAGCGGAAGAAAGAAAGAAACGGAUAAAAGGAAGUUGCUUUCGAUGCCUUAAAGAUAAUCAUUUAGCAAAUGAGUGCAAAAGUUCAAAGAUAUGUGUCUAUUGUAAAGCUAAAGAUGUUCAUCACAGAAGCUUGUGUGACAAAAGGUUUUCAAAGAGUGUAAAGAAGGAAAAGGAAAGUGCACAUAUAUCACAAGAAGUUGAGGAAACAGAUGUUACACGUGAUGAAAGUGGUCUUCUGUCUUGUGAUGAGACUGUAUUCAUGCAAACUGCAACAGUUAAAGUAACUGGAAAAUAUGGUGAUAAAAGUGAGCGUGUGCGUUUGCUACUUGACUCCGGUUCACACAGGACGUAUAUUUCAAAGGAACUUACUGACCGUUUAGGUUUGAAAGAAGAAAGCGAACAGGAAAUAAAUGUUGUGACGUUUGGAAGCGAAGGGUCUAAAACCAUUAAAACAAAAUCAACCACAUUAAAGGUUAUGCUUAAAGAUGGCAGUUAUAUGACCAUGACAGCCAAUAUAGUACCAAAGAUCAGUGGGAUGUUACAUCGUAGUGCUGUGAAUAAAAUUCAGUUAGAAAAGCUGUCUCAGAUGACUAGAAAUCUACACUUAGCUGAUACUAUUCCUACAGAAAAGGAAGUGCAUUCAUUGGAUCUACUGGUAGGUAAUGAUUUUUACCUAGAUAUAGUUAAUUCCGAAAAAAUUCAAGUGUGUUCUGGAUUAUACUUACUUUCAUCAAAGUUAGGUUGGAUUCUGUCCGGGAGAGCAGGAUUUGUAAGUGAUACAGUUGCUGAUGAUAUGAGUAUGUUAAUUCUGUCUCAUAAAGACAAUGACGCCGAUGUGAAUAAUUCUGAAUUUGAUAGUGUGAUGUCUGUUAAGACAAACCUUGAAGAGUUCUGGAGUAUCGAAACCAUCGGGAUUGUGGAUCCACCGGAAAGUAGUGAUGACGAAAAAGCCAUGUUGAACUUUAAAGAGACAUUGAAUCGAGAAAAUGGUAGAUAUAGCGUAACAUGGCCUUGGAAAGGUAACAGCGAGGAACUCCCAGAAAAUCGCGGGUUAGCUUGUGGUCGACUUAGGUCACUUGUAAAGAGAAUUCAGAAAGAAACUGAUUUAAUGGAAAGAUAUGAUACAGUGAUAAAGGACCAAGUUGAAAAGGGUAUUAUCGAAAAGGUUGAACGUAAUUCCUACAGUGGAUCAAAGCAUUAUAUUCCUCACCAUGUAGUGAUUACACCAGAUAAGAACACGACAAAAUUGAGAAUAGUAUAUGAUGCUUCUGCAAAAGCCAGAAAACAAAGUAAAAGUCUAAAUGAAUGUUUAUAUCGUGGACCUGUGUUGCUACGAGAUCUUUGUGGAAUAUUUAUGAGAUUCAGAUUACCUGAAAUAGGAAUUGUCUCCGAUAUAGAGAAAGCUUUCUUGCAAGUGGAGUUACAACAAACCGAACGGGAUGUUACACGGUUUCUGUGGUUUAAGGAUUUCACUGAACCAAUUAUUGAUGAAGAUCACAUCCAGGAAUAUAGAUUUUGUCGUGUUCCUUUCGGUGUGGUUUCUAGUCCCUUUCUAUUAGCUGCUACAGUGGAAACACACUUAGAUUCAUACGAUACGAAAUUGGCUACUCAGAUGAAAGACAACAUUUAUGUAGAUAAUAUAAUAACAGGAGCAGAUACUGUUGAGGAAGCAAUGACCUUGUACAAUGCGGGAAAAUCAAUGUUUUGUGAAGCAAAAAUGAAUUUGAGGGAAUGGAUAACCAACAGUGAAAUAGUGAAUAGUUUGAUACCCGAUAUUGACAAAACAAAAAUCUGA